UGAGGUACAGCACUGCAAAUAACCUAUACAUACUGCCAGUAUCCCUUCGGAAAAGAGAAUGUUCUUGUACCCCCCAAAAAAACUCAAGCCUCGCUUGUAUCUAUUUCUCCUCGUUUGGCCCUUGAUAUCUGUGCGAUUGCCGUUACCAUGAAUCUCCACAGCCCUUCGUCCUUGGACCGCAAACAGAAGCGGGAUAGCGUCGCUAAUAUGGAGAGAGUAAGCUAUCUGCUAUCGGUAAUGACCCCCAAAAUGGCGUUUGCCAAAGAUAGGGCUACCGCCACUGCGGACAAAUACGAGCUGGAAACCCAAUCCCUCUGUGACAGUGACCCAUCCGACACCUCUAUAGAGGUGAUUGUGGAGCCACAUGUGCUGAAACAAAACACCGGAGUCACCGAAGACUCAUAUGCAAAGUAUCCGGAAACGGCCACCCCCACAUUGAGCAUGACGAGCAGCGUGAGCACAACCACGGCCCUUGCUCGACAGGGAAUUGUGUAUACCCACCCUCGUCCUUUUUCACCCAUUUCAACCGUAUUUAGUUCCAGUUUGACGUUAGAAGCCGAUGCCAGGGCUGCAUCCCAACUUCAAGAGUAUCUCAUAGCCACAGCUACACAGGAGAUUUUACCGGAGCUUUCCCCACAAGACAAUAACUCUAGGAAAAAGCCGCCGCCGACAUACCAACAGGCGGGGCUGAAGGCUCAGCCUUGGGGUGUUGUUUCUCGGGCGAACACGGAAGACAUAGCUGCGGAUUCGGUUACAACUUCAAAGGGGUCUAUUGGGGUGCUGGUACCAGCGGAGAGGGCCAAAAGUAUUCCCAACGAAAGGAGAACCUCAACUGCAACCAGCCACGUGCUACUCACUGUCGAAGAACUGCUCACUCCAGGGAUGUCAUUCGACAAGGAGGGGUUCGGUGAAGUCGACCGGCCGGCACGCCGGUUAAAUGUCACUGAAAAGAGCUUUGAAAAAGUGGAAAGUACACCCAAGACCUACGGGGAUGUGUUCCUCGGCACUGGCGCGGAUAAUGAUGUACCUGAAGACAGUGCUUAUAAUCCCCCCAAGACUAAAAGUAGCCCCUCAUCAAUGAACGAUGACAGCACUCUCAGUACCCAUUUCUUGGUUAACUACAGCACCCACAGCUCCCUUUCCCAAAACGACAACGAACCUACGAUUACUCCGCUCAGCCAAAAGACCUCCCCUCCCCCUUUAUCUUCCGAGUCUGAGCACGAGGGUAAGAAAAGUCUUUUAUCUAGUUCCUGUUACCAGACGCCUUCGGCUACCCUCUGUCUCCCUUCCUCUGCUACCCUCCCUCUCUGGUCUCCCCCCUCUGAAACUAACCUGAUCAGAGACAUAAAUCAGGUGCACAGGGCUCAAGCGUACUACCAAAGAAGACAGAACCACAACUUACGGAGCGUUCCACGGGAUUUGAUUGGAGUGUAUGAGAGAGAAUGUGAGUUUGAAUCGUCCCCCACGUAUCUCCCCUACGACAUCCUAUUUGAAGACCGGGCUUACUUUCCCGCAAGCAAACUCGAAGUAUCAGUGCUCCUCCAGUGUAUCCGAAAGUACUUAACCCAGGUGGUCAGCCGCCUCCAAGCAGAACAGAAGACCAUCGGACCUGGUGUGAGCAAAUUCCGUGUGACAAGUUUUGAUGGCGUGACCAAAAACGUGUCUUACCAUAACCAGACAACCCCCCGGAAACAAUCUGCUUUGAUCAAACUUAUCCAAAACCUCCAUCUCUCCCCAUUCGUAUACGAUGCUGAGGAAAGAAAACUCCAGAUUGUCGUUUCUUCCUUGCUGCCGAUCAAUGAGCGGUUGUUGGGGAGCAUCAGAGACUUUUUGGAUGUUUUUGUGACCUCACAGUAUUUCACCGUCCCCGGCGUAGCUCAGUUCAGGGUUCAGCAAGCUACAAACGAGAGUAGAUUCCAAGGGGUGGCCAUGGUUUCUCUCACCCUUCCAAGAUACCGUGCCGGUGCUGCUAGUAUGUUGCUCAAACAGUUAUUGCAUCACCAAGAUGAGAUAGUGGCCACUAAUGCCCCAACAACCGAGGAAGGGGAUAUCCUAGCCACCUCCUACCCGAUGAAUUUGAUCAAAUUCUACUUUGUGGUGAGAAUUGCCACAGGGCAGAUGCCUGACCCGGGUCACCCUUGGUCCGCUGCCCUGGCGCGGUUAAAGGUGCUUGCUGGGCAUAAGUGGUGCACGGAGAAAGUGUCCAGUUCGAAAUCGGGAUCUAGAUCCAGCUGUUUGAUGUAUACACAAUGCGAUAAGUGCGGAAUGAAAAAUCGGAUCUUCAGCUGUGUUGCCCUACAAUAGACUUAGAAUAGGGUCAUAAUCGUUAAUAAAAACAGGUUACCGCUAC